UCAGUGUUGACAGAUGAGGUGGCAGAAAUAGACAGUUCAAUUUGAAGAAAAUAAGAGUUUUUGUUUCAAGCAUUUUCUCAUAACUAGAAACUUAUGUUCUGUGUUUUGAAUUAUCCAAACCUAAGUAUGGUUGUAACGAAGCCCCUGUUUGUGUCUUUCAUGUGUUGUUACCCUGAAAGUAUAGAGCUAAACGUUUGUAUUUCUGAGAAACAAGUGCAGACAGAUGACAAAUCACAGAUGAAAGCUUGAAUCCUUGACCUUGAUGGCAUACACAGAGUCUGUUUUGCUGUGGGGACCAUUCUGCUGGUUUAAUUCAUUGUAUCUACUUUGAGGGACAGAUCACUGCAAAUCAAUACAAAAUUGUUCUGAUUGAUCAUCUAUAUCCUGUGAUUAAACAUUUCUAUCCUGAUGGGAAUUGUCUCUUCUGGGAUGACAAUACCCCCAUCCUAAUUGUAUAUAGUCAUACCAAAUACCAAUAGCAUUUGCAUGUUUUUCCCAAAUGAUGAGAGAUGAUUUCCAGUUAAAUCAGUUUAUAUUCUGCAGAUUUUUUUUUUUUUUUUUUUGUCUUUGUGGAUGCUCAUUGGCACGUGUGUGAGGUCAGCAUCUUUUGCAGUUUGAGCAGAUCUGUGAUGAAUCGCUUUUUCUCUCAGCAGCAUGUGCAUUUCUCACAGGUAUUGCUGGUUGCCAGAACAGCGUCUGGCUUUCAUGUGGUUACACGUUACCUGCAGUUUGAUGCAAGUGAUGUGCCUUGAGCUGAACUGAUGUACUCCAAUACGAGCAGUAUUUCUGUUUGAGUUAUUUGCUCAUGAAUGACGACAGAUGUUAAUUUAAACUAUAAAGUGCUCCCAACCACUACUUCCAUGAAAACACAGACUACCUGCCUUUACGUUACAUUUGUAUGUUGCACUUGAAUUUAUUUUGCAGUAUAUAUGGAUGUAUAGCAGUUGUGAGCGAGGUGCAACAAAAUUUUGUUCUGAAUGUGCACUUGUCUUGGUUCAUAUUUUGGAGUGAAAAUAAAAGGUCUCUCAUCUGUGUCCCAUUGACAACAACAGCCUCAACAUAUUUUGACCAGUAGGUAACUUUGUCUGGUCCUCCAGAGUUCGCCUGCUCUUAAACUGCUGGGCAACCUGCCCUAAAUGUACUUAUGCUGACUGUCGAAAUGGAGAUAUAGUAUGCUCCAUAAAUUCUCUUUUUCUCACAUAAUGUCUUUGAUUGCAGUCCAGUAAUGCAUUUCUUUGCUUGCAGAGCCUCUGAAUCAUUGCCACUGGCUUGUCUUUUGUUAGUCAGUGUUGUCUGUGCUCAUGCUAUCACAGCCAAACAGCUCUCAUAGCUAGUCAGCUAACUUUACGAAAGCCGGCUUGCAUUAUGGUUUUGUUCGUUAGUUUGAGUCUGCAGAAGACUCACAGCCCUGCACCACUUGUUGCAAAUGCUGCCAUGCAGAUUGUUGUCUCAUGCUUAAUGGGUUGACUUUUGAGACGUUGUUGGUUGUACUGGAUAAUGGAUCCAUAAAUCAAAAUAGUAGCAGAUGUGCUAACCCACAUGGGUACUUAAUGGGAUUUAAAAAACAGUACGUGUGUAUCCAUACAUACUCAGCUACUAAACAACUGAAAUAGAUGCUCUGCUAUGUUUUAAUCCCAUAUACUUCUUUACAUUACCGUUGACUGUUUUCUGAUGCAUGCUUAAGUAGAUUGUCAGUAUUUUGUCGCCACCUUCCAGACCGCUGUUCUGUUGAGAAAAUUUGUUUGCAAGCUAAGAUAAUGCAACAUGGUCACGAGUUCGUCCUUCUGUAUUUGACUGGUAUUGGUGCAUUUUUACCUGUGCACCAAAUUACUAAAACAGUAACUAAAAAGCCCCAACACAAUGUAUAUUUACAUUUAUUUAAAGUAGAUUGCGAGUCUUCACUGGGAGUGAAAUGUUAGUUAGCACUGACUUGGCACAUGUGUCUGAAAGGGAACACAGAGAACACGGCAACCUUAGCAUCACAUGUAUUUGUAUUUGGCUUGUCUUUGACCAGACAACAGGGCCGACUCGUGCAAAGCUUUAUUACGGUGCAUUAACAACAUUAGGUCCCAACACUAUAAUACACAAAACAACACUAGACAUACACAUGUAAUGACUCCCUGCCAUGUGUGAUGUGAUUUUUAAAAAUAUUUUCCACCAGCGUUGAAAUAUCAGAGCAAACUAUAUUUUCUUCAAAUCUCUUGAUGCUUCAAGUGAUGUCAGUCAUGCUAAUAUGGGACAUGUGUGGUAAAAUGCAUAUAUCAAUAUGGAACUACUAGCAAGCUAAUGCACUCAUCAAUGCAGUUAAUGUCUUAAUUUGUGUAAUUGAUGAUAUUUAAUAAUCAUGUAGCAAUUAGAGCAAGCCAUUACACAGCUCGUCCUCGCCGGAGCAGUUCUGUUUUGUAGUAAUGUCCUCUGAUGUCCUUGAACAGCCCAACCACUGAAAAUAGAGGCUGCAGGCAUCCUGAAUCUGACUCUGCUGUGUGUUUUCCAGAACAACAGGACAGUAUGGCCACCACUGUUGCUGUCAGUCCCAGCGAAUACCUUCAGCCCUCCACCGCUUCUGCACAAGACACCCAGCCCUCUCCUCUGGCCCUCCUGGCUGCCACCUGCAGUAAAAUCGGCCCUCCUGCUGCUCAGGCUCCUGUCACCUCUCCUCCAGCACAGCCGCAACCUCGCAGGCUCCUUCCCAUCAAGCCGGCUCCUAUAGCCCCUGCUCCACCCAAAAACCUGGGUUUCCUCUCAACGAAGGGCAAUGUGAUCCAACUCCCUGCCGGCCUCGGCUCCACAGCCCCUGGCAGCCCUAUCGUCCUUACUAUCCAGCAGAGUCCUGCCCGCACCAACACCGCGGCCCCUGCCAACAUCCAGUACCAGGUGAUGCCACAGAUCCAGGGCGCCCAGACUAUCCAGGUGAUGCCACAGGGAGGUCAGAUCCAGCUCAUACCCGGCACCAACCAGGCCAUCAUCACCACUCCCAUGACCGUGCCGGCCCCAGCUGCUGCCACCGCUCCUGUCACGCCACAGAAGACUGUAGCCAUCAAGCCCUCUCUCAAGUUGCGGAAGCCAAACAACACAGCUGCUAACAUGGUGCAGCUGCCCAGUGGGCUCACGCUGCCCCUUAACGUGGCUACAGGGGAGGUGGGCGGGACUCAAAUCGUCACGGAGACGGCAGCUGCCCCUCCCACUCCUGGAAAAGGACGGCGAGGGAGAAAGAAGAAAGUGAUUCUGGCUGCAGAUCCUCCACCGCCACCUCCCACACAGGCGGCUUCCCCACCCCCAGAGCAGAUGGAGACCAUCCUAAUAGAAGCUGGUGAUAACAUCAUACAGGCGGGGAACAAUUUGCUGAUUGUGCAGAGUCCUGGGCAGCCGGCUAUGGUGCAGCAGGUCCAGCUGGUCCAGCCUAAGACGGAUUCUCAGGUGGUUCAGAUCCCCCAGCAGGCAUUGAAGGUGGUGCAGGCCGCCUCUGCCACGCUACCGCCUGUCCCACAGAGACAGCCGGUCUCCUCGAGUCUGCAGGUCACUCCAACAGAGCCGUCACCAACACAGCUCAUUUUCAAAACGGCUUCGGGUGAAUGGCAGUCAGUUCACUUCCAGGACUCUGCCUCCACGACAACAACCCCCACCACCUCUGUUACUGCCACCGCCGCCGCCACGACCACCACCUCCCCGCCACCGGCCACCACCAAGAGGACGCAGGCAGGGGGGCGAAAGGAGCGGACUCUGGCUAAAAUUGCCCCGGCAGGUGGAAUGAUAACGUUGAAUACGUCGCAACUCUCCUCAGCAGCACAAGCAGUGCAAACAAUCAGCAUCAACGGGGUCCAAGUUCAGGGAGUUCCUGUUACCAUCACCAACGCAGGGGGCCAGCAGCAUCUAACGGUGCAGACAAUGCAGGGUGGAGGCCUCCAGCUGGCAGCAACGCAAGGCCAGCCUGCCAUUCAGGUGGACCAGACCCUCACCCUGGAGCUGCCUGGACAGCCAGGAGAGAAGAAGCGACGCAUGGCCUGUACCUGUCCCUACUGUAAAGAUGCAGACAAGAGGCCUGGGGAGGUGGGGAAGAGGAAGCACAUCUGCCACGUCCCCGGUUGUGAGAAGACGUUCAGAAAAACAUCACUGCUCAGAGCUCACGUCCGGUUGCACACCGGAGAGAGACCCUUCGUCUGCAACUGGGUUUUCUGUGGGAAACGAUUCACGCGCAGUGAUGAGCUGCAAAGGCACGCCAGGACGCACACAGGAGACAAGCGCUUCGAAUGCAGCCAGUGUCAGAAACGCUUCAUGAGGAGUGACCACCUGACGAAGCAUUACAAGACUCACAUUAACACCAAGAACCUGUGAGCAGACUGUACACUGAGUUUAUACACAAACUCACAAAAAACUGUGUUACAGGAAGGAGGGGCAGAGAGACCAAGGGAGUGUGUGUGUGACUUACCCCAUCACGGGAAAUACUCCAAAAAAAAAAACAGCCCCUGUAUUCCCUCCCACUCUUCUACGGCACUGUGUAGUGUGGUGUACAAAGAAAUCCUUCCUGACGGACUUCAAACUGAUCCAGCAAAUUCAAUAAUAAUAGUUUUUGUUUGUUUGUUUGUUGUUUUUCUCUAGUCUUGAACAAAGGCCAGAACUCGCUCUGACUGAAUUUGUAAGACGGUGAGGCCUCAGACACACAUGCUUAACUCUGCUUGCUUAUUUAUGAGCUUCUCUGGGGAAGGAACAUACACAGAAUUAUUCAGAUACCAACACCCAGACUCCAGGACCUCAGUCACGGUUUCCAUCUCUUUUGUUUUGUUUUUCUCCCCCAAAACCUGCUCUUUUUUUUUUUUUUUUUCUUUUGCAAAGCUCUUUGUUGUGAAACAUCCGAUUCUCCCAGAAAUUGGCUGCCAAGCACCGAAAAAGACAAAAAAAAAAUUACCAUGUUUUGUACACAGAAAUUUAUUUUACCUCAACUGAAAUGUUCACUUUGUUUUAAGCUAUUUGUGUGUCAGCAGGAGUUGCUGCCGAUUUAAAAACCCAAAUAAGUUUGGGACCACUGCAUAGAAACCCCGUCACGAUACUUUUGAAAACGUUGGAAGUUUACAUCAGCUAUUUUUCAAGUGUGUAAAUGCGUACUAUUAUAAAUAAUAUUAAAAAUGAUAAUAAACUAUUUAUAACAUUUUCCAUAAAAUUGUUAGAGAUUGAUUUAAAGCGUAGGCAUGUGACAGAACAAAGCAUCCAGACUGACUUGAAGUUAAAAAGAAGAAGCUUAAAUUCACAGCAGAGAGACAAAAUGGAUAUAAAAAGAACAUUUGAGGACAGUUUGCUCUGAGGGUUCUGACCGGGCCGGCCUGAGCUCGUCCUGCGAGCCGAGCCGAGCCGAGGCGAGCCGUCUCUGAUCACAGGCAGCACUUCAGGCCGAGCUCGUGCUCGUAGCGAGGAGUUGAGGGGCAGAAGUUAUUGUGCCUUACAAGUUGUCAUUACAAACAAAUCAACAGCUAAGAGCAGAGACGUGCUGGAUUUGAAACAAUAAAAUGAUGUUUUAGUGAAGCUUUGGUGACUCGGUGGAUACCUGCAGUGAUGUGAACGUAUCGAGGUGGGGGCAAAUUUCAAGGUUAGAAAACGUUCCAGAAGGCAUUUCUUGGACAGAUGUUUUAUUUUAAUUCAAAGCAACCAAACUGAACUAUAGCGGAGGACCGAGGAUUGGUUCUUGUGGAACACCAAAGCAAAGAGGAUUCAGAUCUGAGCAACCAGGUGUUGUGCUCAGUCAUGUGACCUGUGUCGGCGUCUAGGAAGGGGCUUGUUGCUGUUGUUAUUAACAUCUGACGACUAUAGGACUUAACUCAGUAACUCAACAAAUACUUCUUAAAGAUGGGGAGGAAACUGUUCCACUUAGAAUUCAAUCAUACAAGUUGACUGUCAGUGUUGUGGAUCCGAGCUGCUUCUUCUGUUGAGCCUGGACACUCACAUCCCCUUUGAUUAAACGUUCGUAGCUAACUGCACCGAUACCCUGUCCGAGCCGGCUGGUCUGGAAGAUGUUUAGGAAUGAGGAUGGUUUCAUAUCUGUACACUACCUAAAACUGUCUGCCUUUAGAGAAGCACUGCAAAAACGUUUCUGGAGAACUUUCCUGUGAGCGUAGCUGAGUUAAGAGCCUUAAAACAAAUUAAGACUUUUUUUUUUUAACAGUUUUGGAAAUGAGAUCAAAGAGGACUCUCUAAGAGAUUAAGGAUUUAAUUCUGUGACAUCUCUGAACUAGGAGGAGUUGAUGAACGUGGUGACACACCUGCUCAAACCUCUGAGGUCCAAACCUGGCUGCUACACAGUCGGUCGUUCAUCUCUGAUGCCACAAAAGGUACGCUUAGAGCUGGGUAUCGGAUUUCAAUACUUUUUGGUACUGAAAUCGUGUGUGGCCAUUCUUUUUUAUUUGCUCACAUAUUUCCUGAUUUUAAACCUUUUAGACUGUGUUUUAACGGAGUUCUUAAAUGGCUGCUUGUUCUUUGUCAACUUCACGUCUUCUUCUUUUAUUAACCAGAAAAGAGUUUUCAUUGUCGUGUAUGUUUAAAAAAAAAUACAUUUUAUUCCUUCUCAAAGUAAAAAAAUCAGAAAACAGACGAUACCCAGCUCUGCUUACUCUUGUGUACUGACAAAUGAGAACCACAGAAUUCCAGGGUAACACUUUCAUUCUGCUUCACUCACAGUAUGGUUUUGAUUUGGUGAUUUGUAGCCUAUGCAUUGCUGUAUAUAUAUAUAUAUAUGAUCGGAUUUUGAAUUAUUUGGCCUGACUCGACAAUCACGUCACAAGAUGCAAAAAACAAAAGAAAAGAAGAGCUUUCUCAGGCCGUCUAUAAGUUACAUGAUUUUUCCAGCUAUGUGAUAGCUUUAACUCUGAAUUAACACUUGAGACUUUUUUUUUUUGUUGUUGUUGAUAUACAGACGACCAGCAUUAGGCCUACUGUACAGUAUUCACGCAAGUUACUCGUAUAUCAUUUGCUUUACAGAAAACAUGCCGUUUCUCGUGUCAGCUUUGAUAUCAUGAAGACCUUUUUACGAACAGGUCGUCCGUCAGUUUGCUUUUAUUUGAAGAAGUACACCGACUAAUUCUUAAACAAGCCUUUUGGUCAAAUUGGCAGUCAGAUUAGCGGCUUCACCUCUGCGUUGAGUUUUACUGAUUUUAAUAAUGUUUAGCAGAUGGUUCAGUUUUGCUAAAAAAAAAAAAAAUCUCCAACAACAAUUUCUUUUCUGUACACAAGAGAGAAAUUUGACCAAAAAGCUUCAAUAUAUUUCUAAAGCACUUUGAAGCAGGUUUUUCUUGAAGUGCUUCACAGCGGUGACGUGGUUAAAAAAAAAGCUUAGGUGGCCAAUAUUUGGUGUAUUUUUUAAAGAAUGUGUCGGAAGACGUGCAUUGCCAUUGGGAAGGAUGGAUGGAUGGAGGCUGCUCAUAUUUAUGUUUGUAUUUCAUGUCUGAAUAUGUAAAUAAAGUGUGUGUCUGUCAGACACAGUAAAUGUAGGAUAUUAAAAACAAACAAGAGUUAAGCUGCAUAGUGUUGUGGUUGGCGUAGCCAGCCGUUAAGGAAAUGGACUUUGUACAGUGUGUAAGGAAUAAAAUAUAAUGUGACAUUGUAUAGCUUCAUUCCUGCUUUGUAUAAGACUUCUAGAUCUCUUUUCUAUUGAAUUAAAGAUGCCUUAGACAGCUGCACCCAGUAUUUAAAUAUGUUUUUUUUUCUGUCUAAUUCCAGGUAACAACAUUUGUAAAUUUUCUUUCGUGUUUUUAACUUAUGUUACAUGCUAAUGUCAUGUGCACUGAUUCAAAUCCCAGGUUCCAAAAUUUGUAAAUUUCAUGCUGAUUGUAAUUAAACAUUUUUGUUUUUUUUCUCCCCAAAUUAAAGCAUUUCUGUUGCUUGUUUUUUUUUUUCUGUAAAUUAAUUGCUCCUCUUUCUCCAUGUGUUGGAUAAUGUUUUACAGCCAAUUGUUGUGUAUAUCAGGAGAACCUAGAGAACCAGCAAUUAAUUUUAUAAGUUGUAUAAAGGUGCUAAAACAUAGCUUGCUCCUUUUCUACAGUCACUCCCCUCAAUAAAGAACUCAAACCAUU